AUGAUGGAAGACGAGGUAGUGGGGAUGGUCGCAAUUCAUGUGGAUGACAUUCUGUAUACAGGAACGAAGAGUCUGGCUGAGGUGGUGGUGGCAGCACUAGCUGACUCUCUUCCCACGAAGAAUUUGGGCGAGGUCAGGUUCUUUCUUGGUUGCGCAUUCGUUCGCGACCGCGAGGCUGGUACGAUUGAGAUUUCUCAAGAGAGUUACAUCAGGAGUGUUCUUGAGAGAUUCAAUGUUUGUCGCACCAGCUCGAUCCCUGCUUCCCCUACUAACGAUUACAGGUCCGUGAUGGAGGAUGAGGGGGCAGGAGAUGUGCCGUUCCGAGAGGUGGUGGGGAGCCUGAUGUGGAUCGCCAACCAGACGAGGCCCGACAUCUCGAAUGCUUUGCGGGCGGUGGUAAGGCACUCUCACGAGCCAAAGAAAAGUCACUGGAAGGCUGCUCAGAAGAUUCUAAAUUAUCUUCUGGAAACGGCACAUCUAACUCUAAAAUUCAAACCGGAUAAUUCAGUAGACGCAAGCACAUUAGUGUACGUAGAUGCUGAUUUUGCGAGCAAGGCCAACGACCGUAGAUCAGUUUCGGGAGCAAUAGUGCUUGUGGCUUCGAUGCCUGUGGUUUGGAUUUCUAAAACGCAGAAAUGCGUUUCACAGUCGAUUUCUGAGGCAGAGUAUUUUGCGAUGGGUGACGGUGUAAAGAAGGCUCUGUUUGUGAAUGGAAUGCUUCAGUUCCUGAGACCUAGUGCGAACCCUCGGAAGAUAGACGUCCUUGAGGACAACGAAGAAGCGAUUGCGCUCGCAGAGAAUCCGCUUAGCUCGAGUAGGAGUAAGCACAUUGAUGUGAGGCAUCACUUCCUUAGGAAUUUGACAGAGGAGGGUGUUAUCGAGGUCACGCAUGUCCCAAGCGAGGAGCAGCAUGCUGACAUCCUCACGAAGGCUUUGCCGAGAGACCUUUUUGAAGUUCAUCGCGACUUUGUAUUAGGCUCAAGGAAGUAGAGUCUUUUUUUUUUUUUUUAGCUUUCAUACAUGCGAAGUAAAUGUAUUUGGUCUGGUAGAUACAAAAGCCCCUUAGGGAGGGUGUUCGUGGUAGCGGCCUUAUGUAUCGCCUGAGCUGCGGUAGAACAUCUGAUUGGAUAUUUUUAAUUGCAGAACUGUCGAUCGUAGGUUGUCAUGCCGAGUGUUCUGCGAAUACUCUUUGUGGUAGUUCGGUAGAUUGUACACACGUAAGGAUCGUACAACGGACCGUAGGUGUAAGUCGGUACGUUGGUAUGUGGUACGUUGGACACUUGUCCAGUAGGAACGUUCUAGCAUUGUCGCUGGAGGUCGGGCUUACGGGUCAUUGUCGUGUUCGGUGCAUUGCUUUGUGUUCCGAGUGUGCAUCUAUCCGGAGGAGACGUUGGGAGCUGGGAGCAUCACGCUCGCCCCCUGUCCUCACUCCACUUUCCGACCUGUCUCUCCAUACCUAGGUCUCACUAAUACAAUAUUCUUCUCCAGAAGCCACUGAUUUACCA